AGCACAAAUGUUGUCACUCCGGGGACUAUUUUGGGCCGCGGAGCACUAUUUUGCCGGAUCAUCACCUCUUUUCUUAUUGGAAGCCAUGAUGGAAGUUUAACAGCAGGAGAGUUUUAGCAGCAGCAGCAGCGGAGGAGCAGCAGCAGCGAGUGAAAGGAAAAGCGGGGAGACGGAAGCUGGAAUCUUCUGCAAACGGCUCCUUCUUUAAAUAAAAUAUAACCGAGGAGGGUUCUUUUUUUAUUUUUAUAAUUUUUUUUAAAUCGUAUGGUGGAGGCUGUCAAAUUUCUCUUUAUGCAUUGGAAUACUGACAAUGACGCGGAUGGUUGAGUUUUGAUGCGUUUUUAUGUAUUUUUUUUUUUUUUUUUUUUUUAAGAUGUACGUACCAGCUAACUCGCUAGCUAGUCGGCUAGCCGCUCGUUAGAGCCGCACGCAGCCGCCUGCCUGCUGCCUGCCCGCCGCCGCCGCUACUCCUGCUGCAGCUGCUCCAAUUUUGCUUCAGAAACGUCGGAGAGGAUUUUCUCUCCGCAUUUCGGGCACAAUCACGGCGACUGCGGCGGAUUCAGAGACUUUGCGUGCUUCGGAAACAUCUCUCUGCGAGACGUGGAGACGCGUGUACCGUCGUAGCUGGAGGAUUUGUGGCCGUUUCGGAGUGGAUUUGGGCGGCCGGGCCUGCUGUAGGCCCUCCUACUGUAUGAGCGAGCAGCAGCAGCCAACACACGGCCGCUAGCUAGCAGCUGAAGCUAAAGCUAGCGCAUCUGAAAGGACUGCGAAAAAAGCCCGAAGAGCUAAAAAAGCCUUAACGACGGCAUUUCACCCGGAGGCCACGAUACUCUCGAUUACUUUAAAAACCCUAAAGACUCCUUUCACAGCGAUGGCUACGAUCAUACAGAAGAUGGUCAGCCGAAACAAAAGGAGAUACCAGGAGGAUGGGUUUGAUUUGGACUUGACGUAUAUUUAUCCCAACAUAAUUGCUAUGGGCUUUCCUGCUGAGAAAUUGGAGGGGGUGUACAGAAACAACAUAGACGACGUCGUACGGUUUCUGGACUCAAAGCAUAAAAAUCAUUACAAGAUAUAUAAUCUAUGUGCAGAGAGACAUUACGAUGCUGCCAAAUUUAAUUGCAGAGUUGCACAAUACCCGUUUGAAGAUCAUAAUCCUCCACAGUUGGAGCUCAUCAAACCGUUCUGUGAAGACUUGGAUAAGUGGCUCAGUGAAAAUGACAAUCAUGUGGCUGCCAUUCAUUGUAAAGCUGGAAAGGGCCGGACGGGUGUAAUGAUCUGCGCAUACUUAUUACACCGAGGCAAGUUUAGAAAAGCAAAAGAUGCUUUGGACUUCUACGGCGAGGUCAGGACCAGAGACAAGAAGGGCGUGACGAUCCCCAGUCAGAGGCGAUACGUCUACUACUACAGCUAUCUUCUGAAGAACCAGCUUGAGUACAAACCGGUGGCAUUGCUCUUUCAUAAGAUGAUGUUUGAGACGGUGCCCAUGUUCAGUGGCGGGACCUGCAAUCCUCAGUUUGUAGUGUACCAGCUGAAGGUGAAGAUCCACACGUCUGACCCAGGACACAUGCGGCGUGAGGACAAGUACGUGCGCUUUGAGUUUCCCCAACCACUGCCUGUGUGUGGAGACAUCAAAGUGGAAUUCUUCCACAAACAAAACGUGAUGAAGAAAAAGGACAAGAUGUUUCACUUUUGGGUGAACACUUUCUUCAUCCCUGGACCAGAGGUGAACUUGAAGAAGCUAGAAAACGGGAGUUUACUGAAGGAUCUGGAUGGGAUCCAGAGCACAGAGAGGGGGGAGAAUGACCGGGAUUAUCUAAUCCUGGUUUUAACAAAGAAUGACCUAGACAAAGCCAACAAAGACAAAGCCAACAGAUUAUUUUCCCCAAACUUCAAGGUGAAGCUAUAUUUCACAAAAACAGUGGAGGAACCAUCCAACUCAGAGGCCAGCACUUCAGCAUGUGUAACCCCAGACGUUAGUGACAAUGAACCGGACCAUUAUCGAUAUUCUGACACAACGGACUCAGACCCAGAAAAUGAACAGCUGGAUGAUGAUCAACACACACAGAUAACUAAAGUUUGAACUUAUUUUGUUUAUGGGAAGACAAAAAAAAGAAUCUUUACAUGAACCAGAGUUGUAAAAAGGAGAAAACUUGAAUAUGAACUAAAAGCAAGUCCUUUUUUUUUUUUUUUUGCCUCUCCGAAAACAGUGCAUAAGUGGGACACUUCUCAUGUAAGAUGCCUCCGUUUUAGGGACACUAUUUCUGACCAAUUUCUUUUUUUUUUCUUUUUUUUUUUUUUUAAACUUUUUUUCUCCCCCUUUUAAUGACAAAGUUGUUGACACCUCCAUAGCUGGGAGCAGGAAGAGGGGGUGAAGUGUGCUGCUGCAUCUCCUAUUCAUAACAAGGCCAGUGCUAAAGUCUGUGUCCAUCUUCUAGUGCACGAUCGUCUAUCCAUCAGUCCUUCUGUUUUACCUACUGUGAAGCUUUCCGUACUGUCUGCAGACUAACCAACCCCUUUAAAAAAACAUAGUGCAGAGCAAACAUUCAUAGUCUGCUAGCAUCAUAUUGCCGCUAACAUAGUAAUAAUUAUUCUUCUGGAUAUUAGGCUAUAUAAUGUUUUUAACUGCCCCAUUUCUCUUACCUUUUGUCUGUUCACCUCAAAUGCAGCAGAAAAACACAGUAACCCCAUUAUUCUGUCAGUGGUGUGAUUUAUUUUUAUGUUCAAUUUACCACAGCAGGGAAACCAGUGUUGCAAUAAUGUUGACACACCUAGUGGACAAAGGUUUGCAUGCAAAUUGAAUUAGUAUCCAUGUUGAUUAAUAAAUGUUAUACAAUUUAAUUUUUCUCCCUUCAUAUGCGACGUUUCUGCUGCCAUCAAGGUUCGGUUUAUAUUUUGUCACAAGAUGAUGCUCCAUGUCAUUCUGUCACCACUUGUAUUAGUAUUAAUUGUUAAGCCAGUAGUGGCAUUUAUAUUUUAUCACAUGGGUGUUUUUUCCCUAUUAAAAAUGCUUAUGUGUAAUUAAUCAGCUGGCCCCGAGCAGAUCUCUUCAGUUCUUGUUUUAAACUGUUAAGUCAGUCAGGCUUUUUGCUGUGUCACCGUUACCGAAAUGAGACUUGUCUUGAGGUUUCUGCAUGACCACAGUGGGUCAAAUCACAUGCUAGUCAACGUGUUCAACACGCUUGAGCUCGUGCGCUUGACAGUUUGCGUGUGGUGAGGGAUUUCUUAUCGUGGCUUGGCUGUGUGCAGAAAUACCUGCUGAACGCGCUCUGUAAUGAAAGAGACUUGAAUGUAAGCUUGUGUUCCCCUAAGUGCUAGAAGUAACCUCAUCCAGAGUUUCAUGCCAUAGUUUCAUUUUCUUCCCCAUCUGGUUUUUUGUUUGUUUUUUUUUUUGUUUUGUUUUUUUCCUUUUUCUUUUAGCCUUGUCUUUUUUAUUUUUUGGUCAGACAUCAGAUUCUUGGCUCCUCAAACUGUUUGUAGCCUUAUUGUGUGGUCUAAUGAAACCUGGAUUAUUUGCUAAAUCAAUUCAAAAGUGGUGCUUACAAACUGCCAAACUACAAACACGCAAUGAACAAUAAUUUCAGAGCCAAGAAUGUGUGUCUCUGUGGGGGUGCUUCUGUGAGAUGUGCUACUUGUUCUGACUGUUAGACGUCUCCUGUCUGACUAGCUGGGUUCUCUACAUUUUUAAAGCCCCCCCCCCUCCCUUCCUCCACUAUUGAACAGGUUUUCAUUCCUAUUGGAAUGGAGGUGCAGCUACAGAUUUUGUGUCUUGUGCUUGCUUCAGACAUAUUAAAGCCCCAUAUGAGUAUUUUAUUAUGUAUAAUUUAGCUUUUUUUUUCUUCUUUCUUUUUUUUUCCCCUGCGUACCAAAUUUCUAACAUCUGUCUCACCGUGAGUUGUGAGUCGGAAUAAAAAGGAAAAAAAAAGUCACUUGGGCACGAAUCAUCGCUGAGAGGUGAUGGGUAGUGAGCAAAGCUGCAUUUCUCCUGUUGUUGACAUCAUGGCUUCACUCUUCUCACCGACUCUGCACCCGAAUACGCUCCAGUAGCCAAUCCAGGAAACAAGAUAACCUUGCAACAUCAGUUUUUGUUUACAUUUUAUCACUAAAAACUUGCCAAAAUUAAGCUUGAUUUUUUUUUCCCAUUUGUUUUUUAAUCCAAAGGUAGUAGGGAGGUAUUCUUUGCCUUACUUGAAGUUACUUUCUGCUCUUGCUUUUUUACCAUUCUGCCCAAGCACUGACUUAGUACUUAUUUUAAGAUACUAUAACAGAGCAACAUAUUGUGCUAGACUUUUGCACGGUUACAGGUUUUUGCAGGGUUUCAGUCAGCAGUCCACAGUAUUUUUCCCCCCAACACAUUCAUUAGUCCCUCUUCAGUAAAAGCCAUGUGAAAUAUGUAGGACAAAUGAUGUGGAUGAAGUGUCUCAGUAUAAUCUGUGCAUCCCCCAUAGAACCAUGUAGUAGCUUUUGACUGAACAUGGAAAAAAUUGACAGUAUUCAUAAGACCCUCUGCAGGUAUUCUGAUUCCUGAAUAUAUGCUGUUUAAAUAGAAUGAUUCUGUCUUUAGGACAUCAGUACAAACUCCAUAACCCAACCUACAUGUAGAGCCCAAGAUAUUCAGACAACUUAGCUUCAGUACUGUAUCCAAUACAAACACCACCUGAAACCAUCUGCAUCCUUUAUGUGGCACGGGUUUUAAAAAAAACAGAACAAUAAAAAACCUUGUGUGGAGCUCACAGGCAGCAUCAAAAUUGUUUCAGCUUUAAUGAUUUAAAAAAAAAAAUUAUAUAUAUAUAAUUUUUUUUAAGGUGCCAGUGUGUAAGUUCCAUGUCAUUUAGUUUUAGCUGAUUUGUGCAAUAUGCUAUGAUGCCUGUGGUUACCACAAAGUGCCUCGUUUACUUAAAUAAAAAGAAAAAAGUGCUUGUUUUAGACCCAGUUUUAGAACAUGGUGUCAUGCAUGUAGACUGACAGGAUGGUACUGUGCACUAACUCACCUGGGCUUUACACACUGCAGAGGACCAUGGGGCUCUGGCCCACUGCCACAUCCUCAUGCCCCCUUCCCCACCCCCACUUCUCUUCCGGGUUCAGUUCCACUUAGGAGUAACGUAAACUCUGGUAUAAUUUCAGCUGUUUGAAGAAACAGAGCCUUAUUCCAUUUCAGCCUGUUCAGAUAAUUUUGUGAUGUGCAACAGUUGCUCUGUGUGUAAUGCUAUGCACUGAGAAUACACAACCAACAAUGUAUAAAAUAUUGUAUAGGUUAUGUACAGGUUAUGAUGCUCAUACAAAUCACAUUGUUUGUAAUUGUAUGUGUAAACCCCCUUUAUCUUAGUGUUAUAAACCCCACAUAAAUCCAAUAAAGUCUCAUUUCUUGUCAA